AUGGAGAACGGCGGCGGCGGCGCAUCGUCGUCUUCUUCCUUCUCCGGACUGUGGGCGUAUGGGCGGGCGCUGGCGCAGACGCCGGCGAGGCUGCGCCGGCGGGCGUGGUCGGUGUCGACGGCGUACGAGGAGAUGAGCCAAGUCCGGGCCCGGUCUGGGGCGGACAUGCGGAGGACUCUCCGGUGGCCGGACUUCGUGGGCCUGGGCCUCGGGGGGAUGGUCGGUGCCGGAGUCUUCGUCACCACCGGUCGCGCCGCUCGUCUCUGCGCCGGGCCCGCGGUGGUUCUGUCCUACGCCACUGCCGGGCUCUGUGCGCUGCUCUCCGCCUUCUGCUACACGGAGUUCGCCGUCGACAUGCCCGUUGCCGGGGGGGCCUUCAGCUACCUGCGAGUCACCUUCGGUGAGCGGCGUGGUGGGCAUUCAAUCGCCGGCGCCGGCGUGGUUAUGGCUGUUUUCUUAUUCGAUUCUGCUCCUGUUCCAUCGAUGCAGGGGAAUUCGCCGCCUUUUUGACCGGAGCGAAUCUUGUGAUGGACUACGUCUUCUCGAAUGCUGCGGUGGCGAGGAGCUUCACGGCCUACUUGGGCACCGCCAUCGGAGUCGCCACGACUGAGCGAUGGAGGAUCACCGUCACCGGCCUGCCGGAAGGUUUCAACCAGAUCGAUUUCCUCGCCGUCGGCGUCAUCCUUGUCAUCUCCCUCUGCAUCUGCUACAGGUUUCUACCCGCAGAGAUAUGCGCCUGCUUCUUCCAUCUCCACCCCUCCCCCAUCUUCUCCCUUCCUCCUCCCACGUCGGCGCCUAUACUCUCCCUCUCGGCCGCCGCCGCCCUCUAAAUCGAACAUGGCUUGUUUCCAGCACGAAGGAGAGCUCUGCGCUGAACAUGGCGCUGACGGCCGUCCACCUACUCUUCAUCCUGUUCAUCAUCGUGAUGGGAUUCUGGCGGGGCGACGUGAGGAACUUCACCCACCCGGCCGACCCGGCGAGCCAUGCCGGCGGUUUUCUCCCCUUCGGCGCCACUGGGGUCUUCGACGGCGCCGCCAUGGUCUACCUCAGCUACAUCGGCUACGACGCCGUGUCCACCAUGGCCGAGGAGGCAGAGGAACCCACGAGGGACAUUCCCGCGGGCGUCUCCGGCUCCGUCGCCCUCGUCACCGUCAUCUACUGCCUCAUGGCCGCCUCCAUGUCCAUGCUCGUCCCCUACGACGCGGUAAGCUCUCCACCUUCCUCCCCGGAAGGGCCUGCCGUCGGUCAGCGGCGGCGCAGAUCUCACCUUCUCUUCCCGUUGCUUCCCCUCCCUCAGAUCGACGUGGAGUCUCCCUUCUCUUCGGCGUUCGAGGGCUCCUCCGGCGGCUGGCGGUGGGUCUCCAACGUGAUCGGCGCGGGGGCCAGCCUCGGAAUCCUGACCUCGCUGCUGGUCUCCAUGCUCAGCCAGGCCCGGUACCUCUGCGUCAUCGGCCGGUCGGGGGUCGUCCCCGCGUGGCUCGCUCGAGUCAACCCUGUCACUUCCACUCCGGUCAACGCCUCCGCCUCCCUUGGUAUCGCCACUUUCCCCCUCCGACAUGAUCUCUCUCUACCUCUCUCUCUAACUGGUUUUACAGGGGUGGCGACGGGGGCUAUUGCGCUGAUAACGGACCUGAACGUGCUCCUCAACCUGGUCACUAUCGGGACCCUCUUUGUCUUCUACAUGGUGGCCAACGCCGUUGUCUACCGGCGGUACGUGGUGGCUGGGACGACCAGCCCCUGGCCGACGGCCGCCCUACUGGCGGCGCUGACUCUCUCGUCUCUCGGCUUCACCAUGCUGUGGCGCUUCGGCCCGCCGGGGAAAGUCAAGGUCCUGCUGCUGUGCGGCUUCGCGGUGGGCGCUGGCGUGGCUCUGCAGGCGUUCCGCUUCUUCGUGAGCCAAGCGCGGAAGCCCGAGUUCUGGGGCGUCCCACUGAUGCCGUGGACGCCCGCGGCGUCCAUCUUCCUCAACGUCUUCCUCCUGGGCUCGCUAGAUGGCCCCUCCUACGCCCGCUUCGGGCUCUUCUCGGCGUUGGUUGUCCUGGUCUACCUCCUCUACAGCGUUCACGCCAGCUUCGACGCCGAGGGGAUCGGGAGCCUCGGCGGCGGCGCUGACGCUGUCGCCGCCGCCGGCGACCUCUCCCUUCCUCCGGCGGCCGUGCACUGCGGAGAUUCGAAGGUGUAG